AUAGGAAGGAUUUUAUUUCAUCAGGUCGUUGAUCUCACAAACGUUGCAAGACUAGGAGAAAUUAUCCGCCGAUUUUUGGACUCACCAUUUUUAUAAAGGAUAAAACCUAGAGUUAGAAUAAAAAAAAAAUGGACUCACGAGACGACACGUAUCAUUUUAAUCCACAAAAACUGCAGGGUCAUGCCUUAGUAAUAACCAACUUUACAACAGACCCAAAAUGGAAAGGUGGGGCUGAGCGUGACCACAGAAAUAUGACGAAAGCAUUUAAACGACUUGGAUUUCAAGUAGAUUGUCAUAAGGAUGUGACAAAAUCAGAUCUAAAAAAGUUAUUGGAGCAAUACUCAAAGACAGAUUUGAAUAUGUCCAACUGCUUUGCGUUUGCAAUUAGUUCCCAUGGACAUGAAGUGGAGGAGAUCAAAAAUGGGAAUAUUGUUAAACGUCAUGCAUUAAAAAUGGUUGAUGGCUCUCGUUUUUAUACAGAGGAUAUCUUGGCCUACUUUAAGAACGAGACAUGCAGUGCUCUAGAAGAUAAACCCAAGAUUUUUUUAAUUCAGGCCUGUAGAAUUCCUAUCAGUAAAAGUACAGAUGCUCAUAAAAGAGUUGGAAUCGGUUUUGACCAAGGCUCUGAUCCACCUAAUCUUGCACUGCCUAGUCCUGCACAACCUUCUCUUGUACAACCCAAUUCUGCACAACCCAAUCCUGUAAAAACCAAUCCCGUAGUUAACCCUCAAGGUACUAAAAGUCAAAUAUACUACCCCCCGGCUCCCGUGGAGAUAACAUUGGUACCCUGUCACAAUGAUAUGCUCAUCAUGUUUGGCUGUCCUGAAGGUCAUUAUGCGUUUGGAAACAGUGAAGAUGGAUGUGACAUGUUUAGGCUGUUUUCCGAACUUGUGGGUGCAUGGUAUACGAAAUCUUGACCGGCUUCUGCUAAUCUCAUGGACAUGUUAAGAGAUGUAACUUACCAGAUGACUGAAAAGACAUAUCAUUUAGAUUCAGAUCCUAACGAAUACAAAACCGUGCCAUGUAUUGUUCAUAAACUGAGAAAAGAUGUCAUCUUUACUCGUGAAUGAAACAUGAUGGUAGAAAUGUGCGUCGGCUGUUGUGCAUGUGCAAUACUUUGACUUCACAAAAGCAAAAUUGUCUUCUAUCUAUAAAUCAAUAUUGUAUUAACCUUUUACUUAUAUAAGAGGAUUUUUAUUUAUAUUAAUGGUAUAUGCUUUUAAAAAUAAUCAACCGAGUCGUGGGUUUUUCGUCUCAAAAUUCUAAGGACGGGUAAAGUUGGAUAAAAAUCAUACACAUGUACAACCAUUAUUCAUGAGAAGUUUUUUCACAUUUAAUAGCAGCUUUUUCGUUAGACUAUAAAAAAGUCAUCAUGAUGCUGAAGAUUUUUCACUUACGCACUUACAUGUAUAUAUAAAUUGAAAUAAAACCGUGUCACGUUAAUAUACCUAAAAAAUUCUGAACAUUACUAUAAGAUACCUGCACAAGCAUCCCAUAUUAUCUCUGUUAAUCAAUUUUCCUAAGCUAGCUUGCUUUCAUUUCAAGUAAACUAAUCAUACCCUUUAUGAUGUUGUCCUUAUCUGAACCCAAGCGAGUAUGGAAUGAUUAAAUCUGAAACAUAAUCAUCUAAAACAUGUUGUAUUUAUUUUACUUGUAUAUGAAAGAAUUAUACUUCACUAUAUAUAUGAACUGAAUUGAUAUUUAACAUUAAAAGAAACAUCAAAUUGGA